AUGCGAGACAUUUGUUGCCAUACAUUGGAAACGGAAAACGCCGAUGUGAUUAGAUUUAGAGACGGAAUCGUGAAUAGGAUUACAUGUUUUGAUUACAUUAAGAGAAGUGCAUCAAUAAAGCAAACAUUUUAUGCACACCGACUCAUACCCGCCCUCUUCGUACAGGAAAUACGAAUCACAAAUCCGACCGAAGUGCCGCUAAUAAUCAAAUUGCAUCGCAAAGAAUGGAUGGGCGAUCCCAACGUCAAAAUACAGUCAAUGCUUGUGCCCAACAAAGAGUCCAAAGACUUUUCGGUUCUCGUCAGCCAAUUGGAUGCGUCCAAUUGGGGUCACCUUAACAAAGGCAUAGCUGUGGUGGUGGCGUAUUCGCCGCUCAUCGACACCAUAGAGAUUGAUAGCCACAGCGCGAAGACAAUACACGUCCAGACGUUUGUCAAUUAUACCGCUUCGACACCGAUAUCGCAAAUCGCGGCUAAAGUGCCCGAAUUGAAGGUCUCGUUGCGGGAAACUGUGAAAAAAGUGUUGGAAUUGACUUCGAGUGCAUUGGAAAGGUAUCACACGGAGAUGUGGAACGACCUCUGGAGCAGUGGCUUCGGCAUCAGUCACUCCAAAGCGCCCAAUGCUUUGAACGGAGAUCUGAUUAACGCAACUAUUUAUUACUUGAUGUCUCAGAAGACUACACUUCCGUUUGAUUCAGAGUUAAUGAAUUUAAGUGAUUUCGGACAUAAAGUAUCUCAAAGUAAAGCACUUCUACUAUUACCGGAUCACUGCUAUAACGGACACUCGACACUACAGGCGUCCACAUUAUGGUCCAAAUUAGAGACACUCAAUGAAGUGAAUAAAAUCGCCAACUUAUGGCUCUUGACACUCGAGAAACAGGGCUGUCAUCACUUAAUCAGUUCCGGAUCUCACGGCGUAAUGCAGGCAAUGAUCUUAAGUAUGGCAUCUCUUCAGUUCACGAAACAUCACUUGGAGUUCAAUACACAUCCAAACGAAUUGCAUAGAAAUUAUUACAUCCGAAGAAUUAUUUACGGAAACGAAACACUCAUUAAUAUAACGGUUGCCCUUCAGGACAACAAUAAGGCGCAGAUAUUUGUCUCAAUGGACAAGAAGGCGGCUAACAAACAGUUCUUUGCCUGCGAUGCCGGCUGUCUGGACGCGCCCGUCAUUUUGAGUUUUAUUCCCAAAGAAUUUCCCGUAAAAAUGACGGAACCCUUGACAGCGAUAUUAUACAUAACGCCAGAUGAACAACACAUCAAAGAACUGAAGCACACGAUUCACGUGAAAGAGAUUGCAGAAGCGCCGGCACACGAGCACGAAGUGCUGGCCGUUCACCGGUUCGGCACCAGUUAUGGCGGUCUUCCCACCAUAUUCUGGAUUCUCAUUGUAUUCCUAAUUGUGAUAUUUCACAUAUUUUUGGCGAAACUUAUUUAUAACGAAUACUGCGGCGCUUCUGCCACAGCCGUGCCUUACGAGCGCCACAGACAGGGCCGGUAUGCCAUGUAGUCAGUCAACCAUACACUCUAUGCAUCCCAACAUGAGUUACACUUUUUUAUACAGUAUAUAACCGAUGCUUAUCGAAGAAAAUAUUCAUUUUCCUUACAGUGCUAUACAUAUAAACACAUGUAUUGACUGUAUUUUAACACUUAUUAAUGGGGGGAAGAAAUGAAAAACUAGUC